CUUCACGUUUUCGUUUUAAAGGCGAUUGAUCAUUUUGCUUGUACCGGGUGGAGUAAAACGAGUCUGAGGUGGUGAAAUAUUGGUCUAAAAACGCCAAAAUCGUCGUGUUAUUUGCGAUAUCUUAUCAAUUCUUACCAGUCUCUCACAAAAUGACGACGACAACUAUAUAUUCAGGCAUGGAAGCCGGAGCAAAAAGCAGCUCCAGGGUCCUGCGCCCACCUGGAGGAGCCUCCAACAUCUCUUUUGGCAAUGAUGAGGAAAAGCCCCCCAAUCGCAAAAACAAGAUGGCCUCCAACAUCUUUGCUGAACCAGAUGACCCACACGCUCAUCGGAGGAACAACCCACCUGGCUCAUUUCUGGAAGGGGAUAUCAGCAGAUAUUAUAAGAAAAGCGGUCACCGUGUUUGGUCGGGACAACAAUUGACAAGCCACAAUCAACAGCCUGAUCAAUGCUAUGGGACGUCGCGCUGCCUUGAGGCAAAUGGUGGGAAGCCCACUGGAGUGCUGUGUGGAGAACCCUCUGCCCCACUGAGGAGAUGUGCUGCCCAGUCGUCCUCAAACAACCACGAAGACUCCAACGCCGGGAAUGGAGACAAUGACAUGGGAAAUGCUGAUAACGCUGUUGAAGUCGUUCCCACCUCUGAGCAGAGGGAUGAGUCUCCCCAGCCAUCCGCAGGGGCUCCCCAGCCCGCUGCAGGGGCUUCCCAGCCCGCCGCAGGGAUGACGUCAGGCCGCAGGAACCCCCAAGGGGGCAAGUCCAGCCUCAUCCUGGGUUGAGGUCCUUCUCUUUCUCAGAACUCCGCCGUCCUUUUCUCUUUUUUUAAAAGAAGAAUCUCCACCUGUUCAUCUGAGUCCAGGAAUUGCGUCCCGUCCUCUUCUCCCUCCCCGAGUCUGUUUUUUUGUUGACAGAAGCACUUUAUGUACCUGAUCCAAGCCCCUGGCAUCUGUAGUGCUGUAGUCACAGGCCUGCUGGGUAAAGGGCAUGAGGUUUAAGUUGUCCCUCACUCCAUCUGGUGUCAUUGGCAAAAGUUCUGAUGCGCAAUCAAUAAGGUUUCGAAAAACACAAAUGGAUACAUAUGAAGUUGUUGCUUUUGCACCGUGUUUAUUGAAUGGCAAACUGCACGCCUGGUUUGUUCCAAGUCCGACUCAUCCAAAACAUUUUGAAGCCUUUUGUUAAAAAAAUAAAUAAUAAUAAAUAAAAAAAGGGAGGGGGAGGUAAGUUAUACUGUGAAUGUUUUUUAUUUUAAGGUUAUGCUGGACUAAAUUGAGUCAUUAUUAAUUAAUUAAUUGGAGGGGUACAUGAUCUAGUGUUGCAUGAAGUUCGGGACCUAAACAUUUCUAUGGAAACUAAAAUCCACACGGGAUCCAAGCUGUCAAAUCAAACCCUGGUGUUAUUUCUGAAGACUAAAUUCAGUGAAUAUAUCCAGAAAAUGGCUUAUGUCAUGAAAUGGAAAAAUAAGAAUUUUUGUAUUGUGUUUGUGGUCCUUACAUGUCAGUUUUAACUUCAGUGCCAGGUUUGAGUGGUUUUUAUGAUCUUUUUUUAAAGGGGGGAAACUUAACAGGUUAAAGUAUGCCUGUUUGUGUGUGGUACUCCAUCUGAUAGAAUGACAAGUGACCUUAUGACAGCUCUGCCUAGUUCUCGUUUUGCAUAUUUAUUAUUUUUUAAAUUCUCGAUGUUGGACACAAUUUGGUACGUUAAGCAAAUUGUCCAGAGUUCUUGUUCAAACUUCUGUCACUGUCUCUUACAGGUCUGAUGCCUAUUUUACUGUCUGCCUUGCACAGGAAAACCUGUGGUUCAAUGUCUGUAUUUACCCACACACGGUUCAAUUUUGCUCAAACGUCAUUUGAAUGAAAUUGCACACAUGGCUUUAGUGAAUUCAUGUUGAAGUUCUGUAGAUGUUGAAGGGUCAGCUGGGCUACAUGAUCGUUACUUGUUCAUCCAAAUUCAUGCAGGUUUGUUUAUCACUGUAAAAGUCGCAAUGAAUAUUGGCACAAAUAAAAAGUCGUUUUUGACCAUA